AUGCUGCCAAAUCCGAGAUCUGUCGCUGCGCAGGGAUGCAGAUCGAUCGGGUCUCGCCGCAAUUUCUCUUCAUCGCAUGGUAGCAACGGAGAGACUCAAAGCUUGUACGAGGCCUUCAAGUCUUUGUACAAAAAUCCAGAUUCGAAGGGAUCAAUGGAGUUUAAGGAGAAGCUCAAAGAACGAGGUAUUGCUGUGCUGACGGGAGUUUUCUUAGGUUUUCUGACAAUGAGAAAACCUUCAUGGGAAUUGACUAGGGCCUUUGAAGAGACUUUCUGGAUGUUUAGCUAUGGUCACAAGGUCACAGUUGCAAGAAAUGAAGAGGAUGUCAACUGCGUUUCCACUGUUGUUCUCCUGAAGAGGAUGAAGGAGAGGAGAGUGUUCGAGGAAAUGCAGUCUAAAUGA